AUGGGCGAAGCUCUGUUCGAGCUGGAGCAACAUUUCAGGUCCAAAAAGGUCAAUUUGACGCCUGAAGAAAGAACGCUUCUUUUAACUUGCAAGUCCAAGGCUGUCAGGGAGUUUACAUUCGGAGGUCUUGCUGCUGCUACUGUUGCCUGGACAGCAUCUUCAAAGCUGAAUAAGCUUAUUCGAAUCAACCUUUCAGGAGGAGCUGCUGCUUUAUUUGGACUGUGGAGAUUCUCUAGAUCCUUAGAUUCAUGUGUUAACCAUAUUCUUUCUCAGGAUGGAAGUAGGAUGCAGGCGGAGUUAGCAACUAUAAUGGUGAGGAAGUACCAGAAUGAUCCUUCUAGGAUGCGGCUUAUCUCUAAACAGUUCUACUCUGAGAAAGUUUUUGAUGAUGCUACCUCAGAUCAACCAACAAUAAGGUGGCGUUAUCGGAAUUAUUUUAGUGAUAACAUUACCCAUGGUCGAGAAACAAAUGACAGCGACUCUUACAGCAACUCUCAAGGUGAUUCGGACAAGGGUUCCCAUGGUAACCAAAACACUACCUCUGGCAGUGAUUCCCAACACACCCAAAAUGUCUCUGACAAAAAAUGGGUCAAAUUUGAUCCCAAACAAGUUCCUACGAACUCGGGUGUUGAUUCAAUGGUAGACCCGCUUGAUUGUGUUUUUGGUAGUACAACAAGUGAGGAGAUUCUUCUUCCGAGUACCUCCAGCAGUUCCCCGAAAGCACACACUCGUAACCGGAAAAGAUCUCACCGUAGGCGUCGGAUGCACCAUCAAGAAGACUUACCACACUACCAACAAACGUAA